AUGAUCUCACGUCUAAACCCGAAGGACUUCAAAGUUCUAUCUUUGACAACUAUCGCAACUCCGCACCGAGGCUCGGCAGUGGCUGACUAUGUUUUAGGACAGAUAGGCGAUGACCGGCUAACCCAGCUUUAUUAUCUCCUCGAGAAGAUCCAGAUUGAGUCGGGGGCAUUCUCUCAGCUGACACGUGAGUAUAUGGAGAAUACAUUCAACCCUAACACGCCAGAUGUCGGCGAUGUCCGAUACUUUUCCUAUGGGGCGGUAAUGCAGCCAAGACUUUGGUCAGUUUUUCGCCUAUCCCACCGGCUCCUUGACCAAGUAGAAGGCUACAAUGAUGGACUGGUUAGUGUAGCGAGCAGCAAGUGGGGAGGAGAAGACGGGUACAAGGGUACACUCAUGGGCGUGAGUCACUUGGACCUCAUCAAUUGGAGCAACCGGCUGAAGUGGCUCGCGGGCGAGCUCACCGGGCAGAAACCAAAGUUCAAUGCCGUUGCCUUCUACUUGGACAUCGCUGACAUGCUUGCCAAGGAAGGUCUCUGA